CAACACGAUGGACGACGACGCCUUCGACCUCUAUGCCGACGCCGACCUCUACUCGCGACGACGACGACGAGAAGCCGCCGUACGACGCCUUCUCCGCCGCAGGCAGCAGCAGCACCGCCGAGGCGCCGCCUGCCGCCCGUGCCGCGCUUGCCGGGCGGCCAAAGGUGACGGACCCGAGCAUCCAGAACGCGCUGUACAUCGGCGAGCUCGACUGGUGGGUCACCGACGACGAGCUGCGCCAGAUCGCCGAGCGCGAGGUCGGCGCGCAGGUCGCGCUCGCCGACAUUACCUUCUCCGAGCACAAGGUCAACGGCAAGAGCAAGGGCGUGGCGUGGAUUGAGCUGGGCGACGAGGACGAGGCGCGGCGGCUGAAGGGCUGGUUCGACGAGAACGACUUCCACCACAAGCGCGCCCUCGUCACGCUCAGCACGUCGGCGCACGGCAACCCGUUCCGCACGCUGCCCAAGGGUGCGUCGCGCGUGUCUCUGCCGCUGCGUCUCUGCGCUCACUCUCCACGCAGACCCGCCGGCACGCGACGGAGCACGCAGCGGUGGCGCCCGCGGCGGGCCCGGCGGCUCGAGCAGCGGCAUGCGCGACCGCGGACGUGAUGGCGGGCGCGACGGCCGCGACCGCGCCGGUGGCAGCAACGGCGCAGCACCGCCGCCAUUCGCGCCGCCCAUCCGGCUGGGCGGGGCCAACGGCAUGCCGCCAAUGAUGCUCGGCAUGCCGAUGCUGCCUGGCGCGGGCGCUCCGGGCGCACCUCCACCUGGCGGCGCCGGGCGCGGCUUCCCGCCGCAGGGCAUGGGCUACAUGGGCUAUCCGCAGCAGGGCAGCCGCGGCGGCGGAGGCGGGAGAGGCGGGUAUGGACGUGGCGGCGGCGGCGGCGGCGGAGGCAGGAAUGGCGCACCGCCGCCGCAGCAGGGCGGCAUGGGCGCCGGACACUUUAACCCGCAGUUCUUCGGCAUGGGCAUGCCG